AUCCUCUGAGGCCCACUUCUUUUCGAGUAAACCCAAUUCUCGCGGCCUUUUUUCAUACCCUCGAUAUUUAAACUCCCUCCCAAACAACUUGCACUGUUCACUUUGUUCCACGUGCACAGCUUUCGCCUCCUUUCGGACAGUUCAUGACCAAAUCUUCUUCCGAGACCCCAUCAUCUCCGCUUCCUAACCCACAGCCCCCAAAAUGAUGUUUCCAUGAUGCACUGAGGGCCUGGACCGUGGUAACAGACCUGCCACACAUUCCUAAACGAGUCUUCCGUCAGGAGAGAGUGACGGAGGGUUCCACACAUCGAACACACGGUCAGAUCAUCCUCAGGCAAGCCCGUGCAUACGCACGGUCAGGCAGCUCUGCUCAGCACACGCAACCUCGCCGAGUAGCUGAGGGUCUUCCAAGUACUGCUGUGGGGACGCCCGUAGUUACCUGAGUUCCCCCAGCCCUAGCAACCGGCCCUAAAUACGCCCGCCUCGGCUGCUGCUGACAUCACGAACGCCUCAGACAGAAUCUGCAAAAUCGGAGCCGCACAGAAGGCUCUCAGCUCCAAACGUGAACCUCCAGGACUCACCUCAGCCUCCACGAGGCUCCCAGCCGACUGGGCCCGCCCACAAGACCUGCCCCUUCCGGGUACGUUCCGGAAGCCUCUUUCUCCAGAGGUUCCCUUUGCCUUCCAGGAGGAAAUGACGGAGAGAGUCGGGCGCUGAUUGGCGAGCUCUGGCCGGGAGCGGAAGCCGGUGUUUCGCAGCCGAGAGCAUUUGCAGCUGGUCACUCCAGCCUCCUGGGACUUUGACUUGCCCUACUCGGUGCGCUCCUGCUGAGGGUCGUCGGAGAUGUCGCUCGGCCGCCUUCUACCAGGAGCCUGAUCCGUCCCGCCCGCCGCCCGGAUGGGACCGCCGGAGUGCUCUAAAGUCUCCAGUGAAUAUUGAAUUGCUGAGGAAUUUGGGAAAAGACAAAUCAAAGUUCCCAUUCCAUGGAUCCCUUAGGUGCGCCUUCCCAGUUUGUGGAUGUGGAUGCACUACCAAGCUGGGGUGACUCAUGCCGAGAUGAAUUAAAUUCCUCUGAUACUACAGCUGAAAUAUUUCAGGAAGACACUGUUCGAUCACCUUUUCUUUAUAAUAAGGACAUCAAUGGAAAAGUAGUUCUUUGGAAAGGAGAUGUGGCAUUACUGAACUGUACAGCCAUUGUGAAUACCAGCAAUGAAAGUCUCACAGAUAAGAAUCCCGUGUCAGAAAGUAUCUUCAUGCUUGCAGGGCCUGAUUUGAAGGAAGAUCUCCAGAAACUUAAAGGUUGCCGAACAGGUGAAGCAAAAUUGACAAAAGGAUUCAAUCUAGCUGCCCGGUUCAUCAUUCACACAGUGGGACCUAAGUAUAAGAGCCGCUAUCGCACAGCAGCUGAGAGUUCCCUUUAUAGCUGCUACAGAAACGUACUUCAACUAGCAAAAGAGCAGUCAAUGUCUUCUGUUGGCUUCUGUGUCAUCAAUUCUGCAAAACGUGGUUAUCCUUUAGAGGAUGCAACACACAUAGCACUUCGCACUGUAAGGAGAUUCCUAGAGAUUCAUGGGGAAACCAUUGAAAAAGUAGUAUUUGCUGUCUCUGAUCUUGAAGAGGCUACUUACCAAAAGCUGCUACCUCUGUACUUCCCAAGGUCAUUAAAAGAGGAGAAUCGAUCAUUGCCGUACCUACCUGCAGAUAUUGGAAAUGCAGAAGGGGAGCCUGUGGUACCCGAACGACAGAUUAGAAUAAGCGAGAAACCUGGCGCUCCAGAAGAUAACCAAGAAGAGGAGGAUGAAGGCUUGGGAGUUGAUCUCUCUUUCAUUGGCUCUCACGCUUUUGCUCGAAUGGAAGGAGAUAUUGACAAGCAAAGAAAACUGAUCCUUCAGGGACAAUUAUCAGAGGCAGCUCUGCAGAAGCAGCAUCAAAGAAAUUAUAAUCGCUGGUUAUGUCAAGCAAGAUCUGAGGAUCUGUCUGAUAUUGCUUCUCUAAAAGCCUUAUACCAAACAGGUGUUGAUAACUGUGGUCGAACAGUGAUGGUGGUAGUUGGAAGAAACAUUCCUGUAACAUUAAUAGAUAUGGACAAGGCUCUCUUAUACUUCAUUCAUGUGAUGGAUCACAUUGCUGUGAAGGAGUAUGUAUUAGUGUAUUUUCACACACUGACCAGCGAAUACAAUCAUCUGGACUCUGACUUCCUGAAGAAACUCUACGAUGUUGUUGAUGUCAAGUACAAGAGGAAUUUGAAGGCUGUUUAUUUUGUUCAUCCCACAUUUCGUUCAAAGGUGUCAACAUGGUUUUUUACCACCUUUUCUGUCUCAGGACUGAAGGACAAAAUCCACCAUGUGGACAGCCUCCACCAGCUGUUUUCUGCCAUAUCACCAGAACAGAUCGACUUUCCUCCUUUUGUCCUUGAAUAUGAUGCCAGGGAAAACGGGCCUUACUAUACAUCAUAUCCCCCAUCACCAGAUUUGUGACCUGCCAUCUUUCAGUGCUUCUUGGUUCCCAGGAUGCCACUUCCUCCACGAAUAGCUACCUGUUGAAGUGAUACUCAUUUUUGCUGUACAGAUCCAGAGAGCCUUUUGUCCCCACCUCUCUGGUAUUUUUUUAUUGACUGUAUAUUUUCGGGCACAUAAGCAAUCUAAAAAUGGUAGGCCAUUAUGAACUGCACACAUUUUAAAUUUGUAUAUUUAUAUCAAAUGGAAAUGUUCAUUUUUAGAUUGUUAAUAGAAAUUGGGGAGCAACUUUUGAGUAUCUUUAGUUUCCUGAAGGACACCGAAUUCUCCAUUAGAUAAACCACCAAGACUGUUCACGUCAUCUCUCUAACAUUGCACGCUUCCUUUGUGUACUUAAGUGAUUCUCGAAAUACACAGAACCAAUGUAUGCUAACCAGAUGCAUUGUUUGCUUCAGAUCCAUGGUGUUAAUACCAUGUACAUUUUAUAAAGAUAAUUCGGCUAUGUUGAAAGAGAAUUAUCUGGGACCAAGAAUGUGGAAAUGUAUCUGACAAAAACAUCAAAAUUAUUAGCAAAAUAUAGGACUUAGAAUGUUAAUGCACAAGUUAAGACUAAAGUUUAAGGACUAAGGUUCCUUGGAUUAUAUGAUUUGUUAAGAUUGCCACAGUUCUGAUCUCAACAGUGUGGGGAAACAGGAAGACUGUAUCCUCAGCCUUUUUCCUAUAAUCAUGGAUGAUUUGGUCUGUUUCACAAGGACUGCACAUAUUAGUACUCUUAAGAACAUCUUCCAAGACUCCAGCAGUGAGCAUUUAGAGAGUGUGUUGUCUUCCAGAGUCAUGAUUGAUUUUGUUUAGCUAUCAGGUCUACUACCUCUAAGGACAUUUCGUAGCAGCAUCUUUUGAGUUGCCUGCAUCAGUGUGGAGGAAGUGUGUCACAGUGAAUAAACCCAGGGGGCUGAUAAUUGGCAAAAGACCACUUUUACCACUCAGGCUCUAUUUGUGCCUUAGCUUGCUUAUGAGUAAGAAUUAUAAUUAUGCUGCCUACCUCACAGAGGUAUCAUGAAGAUAGCAUUUAGAAAGGGCUUUGUUGUGGUGGGGUAUCUUCAGUUAGUUUUUAAAUGGGAAUAAAUAUAUAUGAGGGAAUGCUACACAGCACUCCUCUUGUCCUUGAUACC